AAGUGAAGCUUUGUUGAGAUUAUUAGAGAGAGAUGAGUCUUAAAAAUUUUGUUGUUGAUAGAGAUACUGCUGCUUUAAAAUUUAUUAAAUUUUCAAUAAGGUAAUUUUUAUAAAUAAUUUAAGGACCAUUUUCAUAAUAUUCCAAUCUUGUGAUCCACUUAGGUUCGAAUCUUGAUAAUGAUGUUAAUAUUGAUCCUCAAAACCAGCAUGAUAAUUUCCUUAUUGAUUCAGGUCUAAUUGAUUUUAAAUCUUUUGUUAAUCUUUCAGGGAAUCUUGAUAAUAAUGUAUUACCUCCUGAUAAUAAAAUAUUACUAUAAUUAAGAUAAAAUAAAUAAUUCU